AGGAGGAAGCCAGCUCUGUGCCUGGAGGGGACCCGCCGCCAUCUCAGGUCUCUUGGCUUUGCCAGGGCCCACCGGAGAAAACUGACGCCCCGUUUCUAUAAUCCUUAUGGGAGACCAACCUUGUGCCUCCGGGAGAUCCACUCUCCCACCUGGAAACGCACGGGAAGCCAAGCCUCCAAAAAAGCGCUGCCUCCUCGCUCCGCGUUGGGAUUAUCCGGAAGGAACUCCCAACGGAGGUAGUACCACUCUACCCUCCGCACCUCCUCCUGCAUCAGCCGGCCUGAAGUCGCACCCUCCUCCUCCAGAGAAGUAGAGAAAUAAAUUUCUCCCACUCUAAACCAGUCUUUGAGCGAUUGCAGUAUGACUCCAUUUCCCUGGUGCAUUCAUAUAAUAGUUCACUUGGUGAAAAUAAUGAAGACUAUUUACAAUGCUACCCUGCUUUUUCUGAUGUCCUACACCUGGAAGUUGUGCUUUUUAAGGUACUUCACUCAAGCAGGUGACACCCAAGGGGAGUAGACGGACCAGAAACAAGAGUGCCACAUAGAAGGAAGAGAGGGGACCUUGGACCUUAGCUACUGGUUAGCUAUUCAACUUUGAUGAUAUUCAGCAUUUUCCCAAGUUAUUCUUUCUCACUUCUCAUCACAUAAUUUACAUUAUGUAUACUAUGUGCCGGAGACUGUUAGUGCUUGACAUGUAGUCAGUUAAUUUUCACAACUGUGUAAAGUAGGUUUCUAUCAUUAGCUCUAUCUUAGGGCCAAAGAAAUGGAAGCACAGAGAGGUUAAAUUGUAUUCCUAAAGCACUACACAGUUAGCAAAUAGAUUCAGACCUGUGCAGUCUAACCCAGAAUUAGCUCUGAAUCACUCUACCAUUUUGUCUACAGGACGACAAGCCUGUGUGUUUCAGGCACUCUCAUGGUGAUUUUUCACACAGGACAGCUUUCGAUAAUAGAAAGGCCCUCUCUUUCAAAUGAAAGGACUUCACUGAUGGAUUAACAAAUUCUCACCCAUUCACCUAUGUGAGCAAAAUACUAGAUCUACUUUCUUAGUCUUCAUAACAAGCAGGACGAUAACCAUAAUUUAUAAUGAAUACAAAACAUUGAUUUAGUGUUCAAAGAACUUUUGCACACUUGUUCUCAUUUAGAAGAGUGAAGUAAUCUGGAGACAUAGAAUAGGCAUUCACUUUGGCUUUAGGAAGAACUUUCACAAAAUCAGAGGUUGCCCUACGUAAUACCACACUUUUUACCUUGAGCAGGUGGAUAGCUUGGGGGUUCCAUUAUACCUCAAUCUUAGUCCAUUCUAUUUGUUCCCCUGCCCUUCAGCAAUGCCUUUAGACUUGCUUUAAACAUUAACCGCAUUCGUAAGCAUGGUAUCUAGGGUCAGAACCCAGCCUCCCUCCACCCACCCAGCUCCCUACAUACCUUGACAGUGCUCUUUGAGAUGCCUCAGUUCUAGUCUCCUUGUAAUUGUGCAAGGUAGAUGUCUGAACAAAUAGACCAGAGUCCUGCAAAAGUGAUCUUGAAAUCACAAUUAAAAGAACCUUUGGAGAGAUCUACUCAGGAAAAUUUUCUGAAUAGACAAAUGCUUUUAAAGGGGAUUCUAGACAGUCCAUCUUCUCUGCCUCCUUCUGCAAAGUAGGACUACACUAAAACCUUGUCACAGUGUGACCUGAGCAAAACCAUUAUCAAAUGAUCUAGUCGUCUUGAACCAGACAGAAGAAAAUUGACAUGAUUUCAAGAUAGGUUUAGAAAAAAAAUCUGACUAGCAAAAAAAAAGGGGGGGUGGGAUUCUUAGGGAACUUAAGAGGCUUAGUAUUUUAGCUAAAAUUUAAAGAUGCUCUUUAUGAUACACACAUUUCUCAUUGCUUUACAAAUUUUAAAUGUAACUCAAAUUUGUUUCUCACACCGUUUUGUUAUUUGAGGUGUAAGGCAUUCCUGCCGCACACAGCAAUGACUUGUCCUGGAAAACCAGGGAGGCUGCAGGUCCUACUGUUCCUUCUCUACUAGCUGUGGCUCCAGACUCUCAGCUCCACCAAAGAAAGCAUUUCAGAAUUUAGGAGUGG